AUGUCUCCUGGCUUGAAGAUUCCCGAGUCCGGGCUGUCUCUCCACCAUGAGAAACAGUCCGGAGGUGGUUCACCAAAAUCCACUCAGUUCAUGCGGCUAAAUCUGGUGCAGAGCACUAUGGACGAACUCAUAGAAAUUCUACGGAAUGACCAGCCAGCUCGAGUUCGUCUCGGGAAACACCCGUCUCUUCAUUAUGCGGGCAAGUCCCAAGCCUUCCAUGCCUACCCCGAAACACACCGUUCCGAGAUCUACCAUACUUCGACCGAUGGGGCCGACGAUCGGGACAUCUACUUUACCGGUGUUUUGAGCCACAGUCUGGAGGUGGAAAAGGCCAAACAAGACACUGCCGCCACAGAUCAGGCACUUGCAAACCUGGAGGAGAGCCUCAAUGCCUUCGAGCGAGGCAAGGAGUCCAAAAAAACUCACAUUAUUCACCACCCGGAUGAGUUUAAGGCUCUGCGUGCCGCUGGCGCUGGAAGUUCCACUCUCCGGGCUCCCAAGUCCAAGGCAGACUUGGAAAAAGACCGAUUCCUCCGGGCAGGUUCGAACCGAUCGCUUACCUCAAGCCCGACCCUGGGUGGUCUCAAGUCUCCCAUGCCCAUGCCUACCUCCGCCCCGUCCUCGCAGAUCAAAAACCAAGCCCGCCUCGACGCCCUCAAGACCCCCUUCAUCCACCUUCUUGCCGUCCGAGCCGUUUCGACCAAGUUUCUCUCACGUCAAACAUGUUCCAAUCCCGAGGACUGCGACAAUCUAGCCCAGAAAUACGCCGUGGAGAACCGUCUCAACCAUGAAAAGUUCGAUCUCAGGGACAAAAUCUACAAAGACCUUGACGUGUGGAAGUUUCCCUACCCAAAUCAAGAGGACCGACAGCAAGCCAUUGAGAAUGCUGUUUCGGCCUUUGAUCGGUUGCGAAUCUCUCGCUCGGAUAAGUUGUGGCAGAUGCUUCUUUCUAAGGAGGAGCGUGGUAAAGGGAAAUGCCUGUCACGCCUCAAUCUGAACACCGGGCCGCCCGUCAAGAAGACCACUGCUCCGCGGAUUCAGGUGGAUGGGGCCGAUGACCGGGCCAGCGGCGAGGGUACCGGCAACGAAGCGGACCGUCCUUCUUUCUCUUCCAUGGGACUAGAUGGCGCUCCACCUCGAUCAAUCCCAAGUGCGCAGAAGUCUCGGGCGGAGAAAGAGCCUGCUAAACGACCUGUCAAGGCCAAGCCUACUAAUAACAGCACCUUGACCGGUCGGGUUACAAAGAAGACAGGAGGAAAAGCUCCGGCCAAGGUGGAUGGCAAAUUCAAGUCUGCUGAGUUCGUGCACUCAUCAGACGACGACGAAAUUGACAUGUCCGAUGCCGCGCCACCCCCAGCACCUCCGGCUCCGCGCCCGAAGGACAAACCAGCUCCACCUAGGAAGACGCAAGCUCAGAAGGGCCCUGCAAAGACCCAGGCUCCUGCGAAGCGUCCUGCCGACCCUCCAACUGCAUCUAAAGCCCCGAAGGCCGAUGCACCUACCCCCAAGCUCGAAUCAUCCCAAUACAAGUCGGCCUCUAAGAAGCCCGUCUCUCGACAGUCCACCUCACCCCAGAAGCCAUCCCCACUAGGCUCUUCCCCUCCCACCAAUGCAUCUGAUGUACCGAAGCGCAACCGCUCCGAUAGCCAAAACCAGCAAUCCUCCAGUUCCUCCUCAUCUUCUCCUCUCAUCUCCCAACUUGCCCGGGCCAACAAAUCCACCGCUCCCGCCACCACUGCUCGCGUUUCAAAACCCGUGGGACAAUCCAAUGGCGUCACAAAGUCUACGGCCACAGGCAACCCCUUGAAGCGCAAAGCAGAACCCGUGACAGCACAAGCUGCACCCGUCCGUACAACCGGCAAUCUUGAUCACAAGCGGCGCCGCGCCGUAAGUGCCUCUAGUGGAGGCAGUACUGGCAGUGCAUCACCGCCAAUGAGCUAUGAUAUUGCCCGGCAACGGCUGUCGGAACGGUCGCAGAUAUUCAAGCGCCACUAUGCCAAGUACCGCACCCUGCAUAAGUCCCUCGAGGCCCAGGCCAACCCUUCCCAGGCGGAUCUGGACAAACUGGUACGACAGCACGAGCAUCUGCAAAGUGAAAAGAGAGAGAUCUGGGAAGAAGAUCGACGCCUUCGGGAAGGCAUUCUCUCAUGA